AUGCUUUCUACAGAAGAUGCUUCCAUUAAAGCUUCACUUCCUAGGUGGUCGGUUAUGGAAUCUUCCUCUCCCACGGUUUUUGUUAACAGUUCUAAGGAGGGCAUUGCGCGAGUCAAAGCUGGUAACUAUGCAUAUAUGAUGGAAUCCUCAAUGCUUGAAUAUUACAUGGAAAGAGAUUGUCAGCUGCAGAGCAUAGGUGGAUUGCUAGAUUCCAAGGUCGGGUUUGAAAAUGCUUCUGUGCAGGGCUACGGUAUAGCGUUGCCUAAAGGCUCGCCAUUGAGGGAGAUUCUGUCUAGAACGGUGCUUCAGCUACAGGAAAGAACUAUCCUGGAAGCGUUGAAAAGCAAAUGGUGGCGUGACAUGAGAGGUGGGUGCGAAGGUCCCUCCUGUGCUCCUCCACCAGAAACAUCGCGAACUUCACCGCCGCAAAGUGUAUUCGGUAAUUAUGACCGAACUGUAGUAGAACUCCAAGAGAGAAUAUUUUACGUGCUUAGCACGGGACUAGUAAUUGCUUUGAUAAUGGCCUUUGGAGAAUAUUGUAUAGAAUCGAGACAUGACACUUUCCGCUUGAAACUUACUGUGCUAGGAAAGAUCCGCGAAUGGUGGCAAGGAAAUUCCGGACCAGAAAAGGCUGAGAAAGCGAGAAACAAGCUUAGAAAUAUGCAAUUAGAUACAGCUGGUCAGCCACUUCCAAAGUGA